CGUAUGUGUAUUUUUGCACAUUUUUGUUUUAUUUUAUUUUAAUUCUGAGAUUCUUGUAAGUCCGAUCAGAUUAGUGGGCUGUGCUGGCCCGCAAAAUUGAGGCUAGAGAUUCAAAGCUAAUACCUUGCCUUGGGCCUGCCUAGUUCUCACUAUUACUAGCCAACUUUCAACACUUCGAUUCAUCACACACACAUCUUCUUGUCUGCUAUUAGGAUGCCUCUCAACUAUAAUUCCCGACUUAUUAAUUUAUUUUAUUUCCAUUAGUUGUUUCGUAGGUGUUUACCCUUCAUAGUUGUUUAAUCAUGGAUUUAUUUUGUAUCUUAAGAAUUUCAUCUUAGGUACCUUCAUAAGAUGUAUUUAUAGUUUGGAUUUAUAGAGAUAUUUUACCAUAUUUAUAUCUGUUUAUGAGUUGAUCCUGCUUUUGUCAUUUCACAGUUGUUACUUUGGGGGCUUUUACACUCUUAGACGUUUUGGGUUAUGCAUAACUCUUUAUAAUCUUGAAGAUAUAUAUGUAUUCAUAUUUUGUAUGAAUUUAUCUCUUAAGCUUACUAUAAAUUACUGCUGUCUAGUUUUUCUUUUCUUUGCGAGUACAAAUAAUGUUUUUUCCAUUGGCAGUAAGACUUACUAUGGUUAUCCUUGUUUGUGUUAACAGGGUUUCUGUCAUAGGGAAUUCAUUUGAAGAAUUUGAUUGGGGCAUAUGUGCAGGAUCAUAAAUUCACAGAAGAAUUACUGAAAAAGGUUUUUUUAAAUUUGAAUAUUAUUUUCCAGCAGCACAUGCAAAAGAUGUCAGAUACGGUGGGAUAUGAGCUGUUGGAGGUUUCAGAUACCUCUCCAGAUCGUUUGGCUAGACAGGAUUGUGGUCAUUUAAGAAGGGAUUUUGGGGCAAGGCAACAGCGUUCUGUUUGUUUUCGGAAGAGAAGUGGAGAGGAUAGAAAGUUAAGCAGCAGAGAACAAGACCAAACUGCAGGAGAAAAGGCCACUUUAGGUGCUUAUUUGUCCCCACAUUCUGUAGGAACAUCAUGUAGAUUGCAAGAUAACUUGAGGAAGGAUGGUUUCACACAAAAGCAAGACCAUGUGCAUCGGCAAUGCACAUCUUCUUCUUCGGCGUUUCAUCCUCAUCAACAUUUAUGUCAUCGGUCAGAAGGAUUACCGAAAGAGGCAUAUAUGGAAACUUGUAGUAAUAUGUUGAAAGAGGAUGAAAACAAUCGGACACUUAUUAUUGAUGAAUUAUCUCAAACUGCUCUAAAGGAAGUGAAAAGGAAUGAGAAAAACACAAUUUCUGGUCAUUCAAUUUCUACGCCGAUGCAGAAGCGAAGAAAAAUGUUUGUAUGCAAUAGCUGCAUAUUUCAAAAUGGGAUUGCUGCAGAUGAACCCAUGCCAAACAAGAGAGUGAAAAGAGUACGAGAGGCCAGCUUGAGGAAGGAUGGUUUCACCCAAAAGCAAGACCAUGUGCACCGUCAAUUCUCAUCUUCCUCUUCGGAGUUUCAUCCUCAUUUAUGUCAUCCGUCAGAAGAAUUACCGAAAGAGUCAUAUAUGGAAAGUAUUAGUAAUAUGUUGAGAGAGGAUGAAAACAAUCGGACUCUUAAUUUUGAUGAAAUAUCUCAAACUGCUCUGGAGGAAGUUAAAAGGAAUGAGAAAAACACAAUUUCUGGUCAUUCAAUUUGUACACCGUUGCAGAAGCGAAGAAAAAUAUUGGUAUGCAAUAGCCACAUAUCUCGAAAUGGGAUUGCUGCAGAUGAACCCAUGUCAAACGAGAGUGUGAAAAGAGUACGGGAGGCCACUAUAGAGGGGUGUUUUACGAAUGAUGAAUCUGCAGAUGCAAACAGUUGUAAUCUUCAUUUUCAGCCUAAUAACAUUUCUUUACCUUUUGCUGCCCAACAAGAGGAUAGGAGGAAAGGCAGAACAAUUGUAUGUGGUGAUAUGGUUGAAAGAGAUGAGAAUAAUUGUGUCCAAUUGCUACAAAAGAGGAAGAGAACGAGGGUUAAUUCUUCAUGUUCUGGAGAAGUUAAAAGAUUCUGUGUAUGUAGAGAUGGUAGUAGUCCCUGGCCUCGUGGUUCUUCAGGUUUGGAUACAGAGGACAAAAGCCAAGCUUAUAGAAAUGAUGAUUCUCUCAAUAUUUCAAGGGAUGAUGCAUCAGAAAGAAACAUAAAGUUUACUUGUAACCCUCAAGGUUGCUCAAGAUUACAUCGAAAUGAAAGGCAGCCUACAAGGCUUGACCAAACAAGAGGUGAUUUACUGUCCUUAUCUUCGGUUGGGGAUCAAGGCAAUUCUUCUGAAGCAGGUUCACCAGAAGUUGUAUUCUUGGGGUCAUGUAGACCAUUGCAAAGAAAUUCUUUUUCUACUAGUAGACCUAGCAAUGUCGUUCAGGAAUCCGUCUGUAAUGUUGGGGUUGAUGUUCGUACUCCUAUUGAUGUUGAUAGCUUAGAAUAUCCUAUCAAUGAAACUGUAAACCUAGAGGAAAGGAAUAAUGAAACAAGUGCUAGAGCCAGACAAAUAGAACGGGAUGAGCUCUCAGCCAGGCAGCUCCAGGAGGAAUUUGCAGGGGAAGAACUCAAAGGAGGCCUACAGCAAGACGAUCCUAUUUCACGUUUGACGGUACAAAGGGAAAUAAGGGAGCUUGUAGCUGCCUCUGGUUCUGAUUCCGCUCCUGGUUUUUCUGGCUUACGUGCAAGUUUUGGAAUUGGGGCAAGGAGGGAAAGAAGCCAUUCUUCAGCAAUUCAUCCAUCACUACCUCUCUUUCUAGCUAGUCGUCCAACUGUUCCACCAAACAGGAGAGAUGUAGUUUCAGGAAGAUGGUGCCGCACAGUGAGACCAUUUAGUGGCAGCAGAUUCCAAUUCCCGUCACAUAUGAACAUAGGAAUGAGAGUAGAUGUGUUUGCAAUGGAACAUGCUGUUGAAAGCAAUGUUACUAAUCGGUUCCUUGCUGGAGUUCAGCGUGACUUCAAUGAGAAUGAUUACGAGAUGUUAUUGGCACUUGAUGAUGAAAAGAAUGAUUGCAAGGGUGCAUCACAACGGCAUAUAGAACGCUUACCCACAUCAACUGUUCAGAAUGAUAUUUCAGAUGAAGCCUGUUCCGUUUGCUUAGAGAUGCCAAAAUCUGGAGAGGUUGUUCGGCAUUUGUUAUGCAUGCAUAGGUUUCAUAAAGAGUGCAUUGAUCCCUGGCUUGCAAAACGAGCAUCUUGUCCUGUAUGCAAGUUAUCUAUAUAAAUACAUCCAUCGUCUAGAAGACAGUUACCUUGACAUGCAGAGCUGCACUUCAUUUACAGAAACAUUUCUGGCUUGAUGACCAGGAGAUAUCAGCGGUUACUGAAUGCUAAUGGACCUAUCAGCUGCUGCUCUCUAAUUAUUAUAAAGUGAAGUGGGCAUUUGUAUCUUUGGUAUAACCUGAUGGUUUCUUACCUUCAAAGUGUAUUGCAUGAUUAUGUUUAUGAAAUAGUUUCUCCAGGUGGAGGCUGAUUUUGUAUUGUCCCGCUAUUUCAAUUUCGAUUGGAACUUCUAUUCUAUUUAUUUCUUCAUUAGUCUA